UAUCUACUUUUGAUAGGUAUAUAAUGGAAUAAAAAAAGGAUUUAUUUUUAUCAAAAGAGAAACAGAAAAUUAAAAAAAAAAAACAGAAGAAAUAACCCACACCACUCUAUAAAAACCCCCCAUUACCAUAAUCAUAAUUCAUAAACCCUCUCUCGCUCUCUCUCCCCCUCACUUCAAAGUCCCAAACUGAAGGCUCUUUCUCUCUCUCUAGAAAUUGAUAGGGUCAUGGAGAACGAUUUCGAUUCCGAUACUUGUUUAGGGUCCAAACGAAGAAUCUCAGAACUCGACUCUGAGAUCGAAGGAGGCACUCAACGCAUCGUUGAUGAGCAACCCUCCGAUUUUCUCUCUCUAGAACAACCAUCGUCUGCCAUCGGUUCUUCAACGAAAGACGACGAAGAAUCUCUCCGAAGCAGUUCUGAUUUCGCCUCCGAAUCUUGCAAUGGCCUCCCGAAGAAGGCCAAGUGUUCUUCGUCUGAUGAAUCUGAGACCUCCGCUGCUGUUCAAGAGAAGCAAGAAACGGUUCAUGACGUCUUGGCUUUGGUCUCUGAAGGUGUGAAAGUGAAUCAAGAAAUCGAUGAAGACAAUUUGGGUACUGUUAACGAUGUCGUUUCGAAGGUCAAUGGUCAUGAAGGUCGGUUGGUGAAUGAAAAAGACAGAGAUUUGGGCAAGUGUGAAUUGGGUUUUUCUGGUACUCGAGAACUUGAUGAAGUCCAUAAGAGUUCAAGUUCAUCGUCUUGUGUCUUCACAGCCAGUGAAGAUCAGAUGGACUCUGUUGUUCGGCAUUGCAACACAGGUUUGGUCACUUCUUGUACUGCUUUUGAUGAAAAUGAAUCUGAACUGUUCUUGAGAAACAAAGAAAAGCAGUCUUUUGUGAAUGAAAAAGACAUAGAUUUGGCCAGGUCUGAAUUGGGUUUUUCUGGAACCCAAGAACUUGAUGAAGUCCAGAAGAGUUCAAGUUCAAGAUCGUCUUGGGUCUUCACAGCCGUUGAAGAUCAGAUGGACUUUGUUGUUCAUGAUAGCAACGAAGGUUUGGUCACUUCUUGUACUGCUUUUGAUGAAAAUGAAUCCGAACUGUUCUUGAGAAACAAAGAACAGUGUUUGGUGAAUGAAACAGACAGAGAUUUGGCCAGGUCUGAAAUGGGUUUUUCUGGAACUCAAGAACUUGAUGAAGUCCAGAAGAGUUCUGUUACAAGAUCGUCUUGCGUCUUCACAGCCAUUGAAGAUCAGAUGGACUCUGCUGUUGAGAAUAGCAACAAAGGUUUGGUCACUUCUUGUACUGCUUUCGACGAAAUUGACUUUGAACUGUUCUUGAGAAACAAAGAAAAGCAGUGUUUGGUUGAACCUGAAGUAGAAAUCUUGUCUGAUGCUAAGAACCAUGUUCUAAAGCCUACCGAUUCUGAGAGUUCAAGAACAGUCGUGGAUGUUACUAUGAGGAUCAAAGAAGAUUUUGAACAUUCUUUAAAUGAAGAGCCUGGAACUGAGAAAAUAGCAGAUACUGAUGAAAAGGGAAAGAGUUGUCAAGAAACACAGCAAAUUGGGCAGAAUGAGAAGUUAGCUGGUCUGAACGGAAUUGGAGGGGCUCUUAAUCGUUCAUUGAAGAUCGAAGUAAUUGAUGAAACAGCGGUUAUAGAGACUGUUCCUGCUUCUAAGGUUGGACUUGGCUGUGGAAAGGAGAAAAGAUUUAUGGGUUUGACCAAUCAUUCUGAGAGGAGUGGAAACAAGAAAAAUAUGAAGGAAGAAGCUGAUGAAAGGAAGGAGAAACGGUCCAGAAGAAAGGGGAAAGCGGGGAAGAAGGCUUCAGGGGCCAAUGAAAAGGAAAAGAUUUUGACACCGAUUGCUGAAGCUCGAAUUGCCUGUGAAAUUAAGAGUGGCAAAGCCAAGAGAGCUUACUCAAAGAAGCAAAUGGAGUCCCUGAGGUUUGUAGAUGUAGAAGCUCAACGGAAGAAGUGGAUGGAGGUAUACUGUGGGCUUGGACCUUCUGUGGCGAGGGAGUAUGAUUCCCUGGUUGAGUGUAAUCAUCAGAAGCACAUCCACGUGAACUUUGAUCCUCGGAGACAAUUUGGGAAGAAGGCAGAGGGCUCUGGAAUUUGCAGUGAAGAGUGUUCCCAAAAUGGGGAUAAUGAAAUUGAAAACAUGAACCCCCGGGAUCCUGCUUGUGGUCUUUGCGUGAGUGAUUUAGAUGGCUGCACUGCUGUAGAGGGAGAGUGUAGUGAAGAUGAAAACAGUGAUGAAGAUUACAGUAGCAUUCAGCGACCUGCUUUCUUUGUUACAGGAAAGCCCAAUUUUGAUUCUGGGCCUCCAGAAGAUGGAUUUGAGUAUCUUAGGCGUGUAAGGUGGGAAGCUGCACACAUUCCCAAGGUGAAGGUUGCCAAGCUUGAAAGAAAGAAAUUAGACAAAGAACAGACUGUUUAUAUGCCCGAAAUUCCCGAUAUUGCAAAAUGCCCAGAGCACUUACUGCCACUGAAACAGUGGGAGGAUGGAUUUCUUGCUGAUUUUUCAGAGCUAAGGCUGGUUCUGUCACGUUACGAGGGUUCUUGCGCUAAAAUUUCUGAUAAGGUGCAAUCAUUGUCCAUUGUUCAUGAUGAAGAAAACUCACAGCAGCUUCCUGACAGUAUGAUUCUUGAAAAUUUUGAUAAUUUAACCAGCGACAGAGUUGACUCCUGUCAAGCUCUUGACUGCUCCGUUCCUGAAUGCCUUAGUGACCCUCUAUUGCUCUCAAAUGCUGAUGAAAAUGAUACCUCCUCCUCUCACACUCCUGAAAAUUCCAGUCAUAAGUCUAUUCCCGAUGGAUGUUCCAGCAACAGUCCUACCUUGUCUGCGAUUCUAAGGAUGGACUCGGUAGCUCGAAUUUCAAUGUUGAGAAGACGCAUUAACGCAUUAAUGACAAUGAGCUCUCUGUCAAGGAAUGAUUGUGCAUGGCUAUAUGCUCUGUGUGCAGCAGUAGACACUCCACUAGAUGGAGACACAUCUGCAGCCCUUCGUUGUCUACUCAGGAAGUCUGCAAGCUUACGAGCUGAGAAGUCUGAACUGGACGAUGAAGUUAUAAUGCUUAAUAUUCUGGCAACAAUCUCGGGCAGGUACUUUGGGCAGUCAGAUAACUGAAGGUUUUCAUUGCAUCAAAUAACUUCAAGGACAAUGGACGGAUUAUUUUGCAGUUUUCCCUGUUAUGUUUGUGCCGGAGUGAUGAACACGUUCUAGGCUUCAAUGUGCAGUCACUCGUGUUUUUGGAAGUGGUUCUGAAUGAACAUGUUUGAUAUUGGAACAUUUCAGAUUGCAAAGAAGUCUACACUCUAUAGUAUGGUCAUGUAAGCAGGUCUCCUCAGAGGCCUUUUAUUUACGAAGGUUUUUCUUAUAAUUUCUAAUUAAGUAUUACCUGCCUUCCAAGAUGUACCUUGAUGUGUGGUUUUCUAGGACUAUAAAAUGUCUGUAAUGUACAUUACUUCUGGAAGGACCUUUUUGUCAUUAUCAGGAACGUUUUCAUCAUA